CCCGCAUUCCACCACCACCACCGUGCUCUCACAACACCGACCCAUCCUCUACGUACGAAGUACAACUUGGUCGCCCUACCUAGUCGUUCGUUCGUAGCACCGUCUGCUGCAGCAUUCGUCUGUCGCUCGCUGGAAGACUUCGUAGCCUUUCUCAUUGUUCUUCACAAUGAGAAUCACAAUCAACCAAUCCCAGGAACACCCCUCCCUUCACAACGUGCAGUAACAAAACACCGAAGUCGAAGGCUUAAAAACACGAAGGCUUUCUAGUUCACUCCCAAUAUCCGCGUCUGCUGUUCCAAACUCACCACGUACUCACCUUUUACAAGCCUCCCAACACAAAUACGAACCGAUCUCACCCACCCUCAGCUCCAAGUUCCACAAACAACAUGUCAGCAAGUGCACCUUUCGGUGCGCCGCGCCCAUCAGGGGAGUGCAACCAGCCAGAGAUACUAGCAGUCCGCUUCUCAUUCGGUCAGCGACCUGACACACCUUCGAACGGUGUUUCGCCAGCCUCGUGGGGCAACCCGGACAACGAAUUCCCUACCUACAACGCUCGACUCAAUACCACCGACCUCCAACGCGAGUCCUUCCGGCAGCGCCGCUUCAAGGGCUGCAAUCUGACCCUCUACCACCGCCUAGAGUGUGGUCAUCGAGUCCGGACAAACCUAGUUGAAGACUGCAAGUCGAAUUGUUUGGAAUCUGUGCCGGGCCAGCCGUUCUACUGCCAAGAUUGCGUCAAUGUUCAGAACGACAAAGUAUGGAAGGAAACUCAAGCGCAACACGACGCCGCAUAUCCGCCCAUCAGCCACAUGUCCAUAGAGCAGUACAACCAGUGGUACGAUGAAGACCGCCAGCUGCGAAUCGUCCAUUCCGCGAACCUCGCCACAUACGUCACACAACUCAGGGCGCAGUGCAUAGAGACAGAGAGUUGUGGUGGCCCAGACUUGACGCCCGAGGACCUAGAAUUAGCUGCUGGACUCGAUACACUGGGUCUGUCCGCGCAAUCAUCUCACCAGGAGCUCUCCAACUUCUCAGCCCAGCAACAGCGGAACCUCCCUGGAGACACUGCAGAACAGCUACACUGGGCGUUUGGACAGCUCUCCUGCGGCCAAGAGACCUCACACCCAAAUCAAGCGCUGAAAUGGGUACAGACGGUGCGAGAAGAUGAUGAGGAGCUUUGAAAGGCUUUCCAGAUAUCCGAAAAUUAUACGGUUUUUCGAUGAUCGUUAAGCGCUGUUUGUCAUGCUGCUGUUCAGCGUCUCUCAAUAAAUUUAUGUAUUCUAUGUGCAAGUAGCAUCUCUACUAGUUUCCUAGCUUAGGAAAUAAUCUGAGCUGAUUUCUAUUGAUACCCAACAAUAAAAUCCAAAUAUUCUUCAUUCUUUCCUAUCCGC